AUGUUGGUGGGCCUGGUUCUAGAUGUGACUGAUGUAGCCAAUGCCUUUGCUACAAGUUACAUUGAGGCUGCUGCUAUGGUCUACAGCACUCUAUAUGAUCACUUACUCACUCUCUCCGAAGAGAUUGAGCUCAUAUGGAAAUUGUCAUUUUCUCUUGUCAAAAUACUAUUUCUCAUCAAUCAGUACUCAGUGCUGGGAGUGAUGCUCAUACAGACCUGGUCUAUGGCAGGGUUUGUGACUGGGCUGAAUGAUCAUGUCUGUCAUGACCUUUUCUUUGCAGUCUCAACCUGGCAACUUAUUGCUGGUGGUGGAAUAUUGCCUUGUGGGCUGUGCACUGCCAACUUUAUAGCAAUCCUCAUCAGUGCAAUCAUCAACAUCUGGAUCCUGUUAGGGAAUAUAUCCUAUGCUCCACAGAUUAACCAGUGUGUCUGUAUGCAACACCCAGAAUAUGUGUGGGUUAUCUGGGUCACCCCAUUGAUAUAUGAGACCAUUAUAUUUGGUAUGAUUGCAUACAAGACUUGGACACAUCUGCAGGAAGACAUCCAGAUGCCAAUUAUCACCAUGCUGUGGCAAGAUGGUAUACUGUAUUUCACCGUCCUCAUUGCUGUGUGUUUGUAUACUAUUCUUGUGUGGAUUGUUGCACCACGGGACAGCAGAUACAUCACUCCUUCCUGGGUGGCAGAAGAGUUGAGCCUCCUGCCUAUGUUUGAGUGGCUUGGCAUUCAAGUGAUCACUUGGAUGGAGGGCAUCAAUGAGGUUGACAGUGACGCCAUUGCAUGCAGGGCAAUGGGCAUCCAGGCAGGCAACCUGGUGCAUUUGCAGCCAAUGAGCAUGCUGUGCAGGGACAUUGCCAGCAAGAGGAGGGAGACUGAAGUCAUGAGGGACUGA